GAAAAAAAUGACAUUUAAUUUAUUAUAUUUAUUAUAUAUAAUAAAUAUCAAUAUCUAUCUGUAAAAGAUCCAUAAUUCAAAUUAGUCUAUUUAAAUAUUUCAUUUAGUAGAGAACUAUAGUUCUUAAAAUGAUGUGAUGACUUUUAUGUUUCUUUAAAGAAUAUGACAAGAUAAUAUAUUUGAAGCGAAUAUCAACUUUUUUGACACGAUCAUCACUAAAUAUUAAUCUUAGAAAUUUAGUAUGUCCAAUAUGUUUAAAUAUUUUAAUUGAACAUUGCUGUGCACAUAUAAUUUACGUUUGAAAAAUACAUGAAUACAAAAAAAUAGAAGUCCUCUGAGUAAAAUAUGAAUCUGUUCUUCGUUACGUAUUGUAACGAAGAUUGAAAUAUUAAUUAAUAACAAUUUUUGAGAAUUAAUUCAAACUAAGUUUUCUAAAGAAGUUGAAAAUAAAUAUAACGGUGACAAUAAAAGUUGAUUUGGAUGUUGAUAAAUUUCUAGUAAGAUGGCAAAUGCAAAUGAAUAUAUAGCAAAUAUAUAUUUUUUGGAUGCUUUGAACUUAUUUAUUGAAACACAAUGGCUCUAUAAUAUUCCAGUUACUAAUUUAUUAACUGAAAAAUUACUUGAUUUAUUUCCAAAAGAAUGGUUAAAUGUUUUACAAACUUUAGAGAAUGAAGAAUUUAAUAAUUUUGUUAUAAAAAAAAUAACAAAGCCAGAAUGGUCAAAGACUUUAAAAACAUUUGUUAAAAAAUGUAGAUACAUUGAUCGAUUACCAAGUAUAAACAAUAUAAUACCAAUAAUAUUACCAAAAAAAUUUCAAAUAGGUCUUAAUCUUAAAAAACAACAUGAAAUAAUGCAUUUAGCAUAUCUAGUACAUAUGCAAUGUACAUCGCAAAAUGUUAAAACUAUUAUUGAUCUUGGUGCAGGUUUGGGAUAUAUUUGUCAGCUAUUAUAUUAUUUGUAUGGAUAUAAAGUUCUUGGAUUAGAAAAAAGCCAAGCAAAUGUAAAUAAUGCUCGAAGUAGACAAAUAAAAAUGUAUUCUGAUUCAUUGGCAUAUGUUAAAUAUAAUUGUUGUGAUUUAACAUAUAAUUCUGUUGAAAUAAUAGAAACUAUUUUAAAUAAUGAAUUUCAAGAAAAAUCAGAUGUUUGUUUAAUUGGUCUACAUGCUUGUGGAGAUCUUAGUAUACAUGCAUCAAAAAUAUUUCGAGAUAUGAAAAUAGCACGUAUUUUUAUUUUAAUUCCUUGUUGUUAUCAUAAGCUUUCAAUAUCAAAAAGUAUAAGAAUAAAUGCAUCAAGUGAAAAGCAAUACUUUAAUAAUUUUCCUUUAUCUAAUUGUUUUAAAACUAUUAUUAAUAAUACCAAUUUUGAUAUUGGUACCUUUUUGAGGCAACCUUUUUUACGAUUAGCAUGUCAAGAACCAGUAGAUAGAUGGUAUAACAUGUCUAUUGAAACACAUAAUAAACAUUCUUUCUAUGUUCUUGCAAGAGCUGUCCUUCAAUUGUAUGCAACUAAAAAUGGAUUUUCUCUUAAGAAAUGUACUCAAAAAGGAACAAGAAAAUCACAAUGUUUAAAUUUUGAAACAUAUAUUAAAGAUGCAUUGACUAGAUACAUUUUACAACCACAAGAAAAAGAAACAUUUAAAAAACAAGAUGUAGAAUUCAAUCUUGAUACACAUAAAAAAAAUAUAAUAGAAUUAUGGAAAAAUCAUUGUGAUAAAUUUAAAAUUGUAGAAAUAUAUACUGGUUUACAACUGAUGUUGCAAGCACCAGCAGAAUCACUUGUUUUACAAGAUAGAUUAUGUUGGAUGGAAGAACAAGGUUUAGAAGCAAAAAUUGUUCCGGUAAUGAAUAAAUAUUUAUCCCCACGAGCAUAUGCAAUUGUAUCUCAUAAAAAAUAAUAAAUAUUUUUAUAUAUUUUAUACAUUAUAUAUUAUAUACGGAUAGACUAUGAUAAAAAUAUAAUAAAUUAAAGACUAAUUUAAUAUAAAAUAUAAAAAAAAAAUAUUAUGUAAAAAUGAAUAAAUAAAUAAAAUAAAUAAGAUAAUAUAAUAUUUAAUAAAUUCAUUUAGAUAUACAAGAUGUUAAUUCUUAAUUAUUAUUAAUUACUAGAAUUUAUUAUAAUUAUUAUAGAAGAUUUUACAACUUUUAGAUGUUUAUAGCAUUAUAGUAUAUAAUGUAUAUUAAUGAAAUGUAAAUACAAAUAAAGAUCCAAUUCAGUUGUUUUUGCUUUGUAUAUAUAAUAAUGAAAAGAAGUCUGAUUGAACAAUUACAAAUGUAUUAAAAUUUUUUUUUAUAUUUAUAUUUUGUUUUUUUGUAUUAUCAUUAUUUUUAUUUUUUUAAUUAUGAUUUUAAUUUAUAAUAUUGAUUAUGAUAUUUAUAAUAUUUUUCUUCUUAAUAAUCUUAUGAAUUUUCUUUGUAAAAACUAUAAAAAAAAACAAUAGAUGUUCAAUUUUGAAUAAAAAUAAAUAUAAAAAAACUAAAAUCAGGUAAAAUUAGAUUCUAUUCUCAUAACAUACAAAAUGUAAAAAAGAAAAAGAAAACUAUUGAUAAUCAAUUUAUAAUAAAAAUAAAAAUCACUAAAAAUAAAUAUGAAAAAGAAUUCAUGAUAAUAUUGUUUUAGUUAUACCUUAUAUAGCAUUAAAGAGAAAUAAAAAAAAAAAAUAAUAUACUUAUUAUAGACAAAAAAAAAAUAAAUCAAUUUUAUUAAUAAUUGAAAACAUAUAAUCAUCAAUAAUUUCAUUAAUCAUAAACAUUAGAUUCUAAUUGAAAAAAGUACAUACUUGAUAUAUGGCAUAAAAAAAUUGUGUCAUGUAAGAAAGAAAAUAGAAAUGAAUAAAAAUUAGAUGCACUUUCACAUGUUUUUAUAAUAAUUAAGAAUUAAUAUAUUUAUAGAAUAUUUUCUAUUUUAUUAAUAAUUGAAAUCAGGGAUCUAUUCUAAAGACUAAUAUAAAAAUAUAAAAUAUUAAUAUAUUGAUACACAAUAUUAAUUAAAAAUUAUUUAUUUAAUUUAUAAGCAAUUUAAGUUUAUAUUAGAUGAAAAGAGGCGAAAUAGCUGGUGAUAUAAUAGAGAUAGAACUAUGUUAUUUUAUAUUAUUUUAUUUAAUACAAUAUUACUUAAUUUAAUACAAACUUUAAUGACUAUAUAUUUAAUGAUUAUGUAAUUUAAUAAAUAUAACUUUAAUAUUUUUGUGUAUUAUGCUUUAACUUUUAAAGAUUAAUAAAUAGUAUUAUUGUAAAAACUUUUUUUCUUUGGAAAAAAUAUUACGUGAUUCCUAUUAUCACUCUUUAUUCUUUACAUUUAUGUAAUAUAAAUUCUACUUUUAUUUCUAUGUCUAUAGUAUGAUGUCAAAUGCAUAAAGCAAGUUUUCCUCAAUUCUCUUAAAAUGACAACCUUGAUAAUAUAAGAUAUUUCAUGUAAUUGCCAUCAUGAUUUUUUAAGAAUUUCAAAUAAUUCAAAGAAGCAUUUAAAAAAGUUUAAAAAAAAUUAAAAAAUUUAGAAGUGGAAUGUAUCAAUAAACGGUAAUGUUUUCGUGAAAAAUUAUUUUAUUUGGAUUAAAUUUUAUAUUUGUCAAAUAUGUUUUUCAAUAGAAAAAAAAUUUGUAAAAACAAAUUAAAAAACGUUCAAAUAAUUAAUCAAACUUAAAAAUAUUAAUAUUUUUCUUAAAAUGCAUAUUGAAUUAUUAAUUAAAAAUUGAUAUUAUUUAAAUUAAUAUUUAAAGUAAAAGUUUAUUAAUUAAAAAAAUUAAUAAUUUUAAUUUUAAUUUAUAUAAUGAAAAUUUUUAAUUUAAUUUUAAUAUAUAAUUGAAUCAUAUUAUGGCAUUUUAUUUUAUUUAAUAUAUGUAUAAAACUAAUAAGUAUAAUGUGUACGUUUAUUGAGUGUUUGUUUCUACUGCAAUGUAUAUAACAAAUAAAUGCAUAUAUUUUAUUUAAUAUAUAUAGCUACAACAAAAAAGAAAUAUUUAAUAUUCAAUGUUUAAUAUAUAAAAUUAUUUAUUAAAAAUGUCCGAAAAAAAAUUAUUGUCAAAAAAAUUGUAUUUUUCAUUAUGAAUAGAUAAUGCAUUUAAUAAUAUUAAAAUGUUAAUAAUAAUAUUAUUAAGAAAAUGAUAUAUACAUCACAGACGUAUAUAAAAUAAAACACAUGUAGAAUUUAAUAAUAUAGUAUCAUUUUAAACGUUUAAACAUUUAUUUAUAGUUUAAGAAUAAGUUAUUUUGAUUUUUAAUUAUUUUUUAAUAAUGUGUUUAUAAUCAGUAAAUUUAUUAUUUAUAAUUUCUUUUCUUUACUUAAAAUAAGUAUUUAUGUGUGCGAAAAAAAAUGUAUAUAUAAUGUAUUUUUUUUAUUAAAAAAUAUUCCACAUAAAAUUUAAUUCCAAAUAAAAUUUUUAUGAUAAAUGAUAAAAUUUCUAUGAUAAAUAAAGUCUAGAUUUGAAUUCCAUUGAAUAUAUUUCUUUCAUUUAAAAAAAAAUAUAAAUAUAAAUAAUAGAAAGAAAUUUUUUAUUAAUACUUCAUAUAAUGAAUAAAAUAAUAUUAAUAUGCAUAAUGAAAAAAUUAAUACAAUAUAUCAAAUUGUCUAUAAAGCUUUAUAGCUAUAAAAAACUAUUGUACAAAAUAUUAAAAUAUAGUUCAUGUAAAAUAUAAAUAAAAAAGAAUACAUUAACUUUAAAA